AUGCUUUUCUCCAAUCUCAUAUUAUCUGCCUUGACUCUUGCUGGCAUUUGCUCAGCAUCAGCUCGUUUCCAAGUUCGCAGUCCUUCUACUUCAGGUCUUUUAGGUUUCAAGUAUGACAAGAAGCCAUUUUUUGGAGGAAAAUGUAGUGAGACUUAUGACAAGUAUUUGAAAGUUCAAAGUUCGGGUGAAGGCGUUCACUUUAAAUUGACAGGAUGCACAGAUGAAGGCUACUGUCAUUUAUAUAUUACGGAUGGUGACUAUAAAGGCUAUUGUCUCGGUGGUCAAGAAAGACCCGAAUCUCAAAGUUGCACUGGUUAUGAUAACAAUAUUUACAAGCUCAAUCUUGAUUUUACUAUUUCUACUGUGGGUGGUCUGUAUUUGGGCAUUGGCAAUGAGUAUGCUGAUGAUUGUGACAAGUUUAAUUAUGUGAAGCUUAGCGAUGAAAAGUUCCGCUGGGUCAUUGAAAAAGACAAGGACUUUGACGAAGAGGACAAUUAUGAAGACUAUGAAGAAUAUGAAUACUAUCAUCCUAGAGGAGGUUCACAAAGAAUCUUCCAUGAUUGUCGUAAUGAAUAA